GCCGUCCGGCUGCUCUUCCGGCUCGGCCUCCCCGCGGCGCCCGCGUCCCGCGCUUUCGUUCCGGGGCCGCGGCGGGACAGGUGCUGAGCGAGCGGGUAGCCAUGUCUUUAAAUCCAUCUUCACUUCUAAAUGAAGAAAACUCUCAAGAACCAAAAAGAAAUACUGAAUGUUUGGAAAGUCUGGAAUUGCAGACUCCAUCAUCAUUUCAAGAUCACCCACUUCAACAAUUACAAUUAGCAUCGCAGGAAGUGCUUGAAAAGGCAAAAAAGAGUGGGAGAUCAAAGUGCCCUCGAUGCAGUAGUUCAAGGAUGUUUUAUUGUUAUACCUGCUUUGUUCCUGUUGAAACUGUCCCAACCAAAGAAAUUCCGACUGUGAAGUUACCGUUGAAGAUUGACAUUAUUAAACACCCAAAUGAAACCGAUGGCAAAAGCACUGCUGUGCACGCUAAGCUCCUGGCACCCGAUGAUGUUACAAUUUAUAAAUACCCUUGCAUUCCAGAAUAUGAAGAAAACAGACAUGAAAUAGCACUUAUCUUUCCUGGCCCCAAUUCAGUUUCAGUGAAAGAUAUUCCUUUCUGUCUCCAAAAAUACACUAAGAAAGGCGUUUGUGGUAAUGAUGAUGACUGUUCCAGCGAGCCAUUUCUUAAGAAAGCAAAAAUAGAACCUAAAGAAGAAAAAAGUCAAAAUGACCGCAUCUCGAGCAACAGGAGUGAAGGCACAGGACUGAAGAAAAUAAUAUUUAUUGACAGUACCUGGAACCAAACUAACAAAAUAAUAACUGAUGAACGACUUCAAGGGUUGCUACAAAUUGAGUUGAAGACAAGGAAAACUUGCUUUUGGCGUCAUCAGAAGGGAAAGCCAGAUACAUACCUUUCAACAAUAGAAGCGAUUUAUUAUUUCCUUGUGGACUAUCAUCAGGAGGUUUUGAAAGGGAACUACAAAGGACAGUAUGAUAAUUUGCUUUUCUUCUUUUCAUUUAUGUACACGUUGAUUAAAAAUGCCAAGUGUUGUGCAGGAAAACAAUAAGAUGUCUGUCUGUCUACAGGCUUCCUUUGGGCUGAAUCAAUGCUGCAGAGUCAGUUUUGUUCAUAUUUACAGCAGAUAAGGAAGCAACUUGACACAGCUUCAGUUUUCAGAAACAUCACGUAAAGCAACUCAGUCUACUUGAAGCAGUUGGAUCACUGAACUUCCUCCGUUAACCUGAAACGUGUCUAAGUGUGUUAAGAGUACUGGCUUCCAUCUGCAUACCUAUGUCAAUUAAGAGCACAAAAAUGUUUGCAUUGUUUUCUAUCAUAACUGUGUUGGCAAAAAAAAAAAACAUAGAAACCUUUACAUUGCCAAA